CAAUGUCAGCCGGACCGGAAGCAGCCGCCUGGCAGCUGAUGUUUUGGGUUUUUCUCCCGGAUGUGGAUUCGAUCACCAGAGAAAUCACCGAGAGGUGGAAUAACCAGCCAUGGCAACAACUGACCUGUUGGUGGAUUUACAAGAUGACCUGGUGUCAGACGAUACUUCCAAGGCACUUGGACAGCUCAAACUCUCUCCCCUGGAUGAAAAGACCUGGCCUACAGAGUGUGAUGGCGAGUUACAGCCAGUUUCAGAGCAGUCUUCUGCAAGGAAAGAUGGCAAAGACGGACAGCUGCCAUAUUCAGCAGACAAUGAGACCUUGCCUGAAGUUGUUGAUACUCCCCCUGAUCUGAAGUGGGACGAUCCAUACUAUGAGAUUGCAAGACGCCAAAUUGUGGAAGUAGCAGGGGAUGAUAACUUUGGCAGGAAGGUGAUAGUGGUCAGUGCCUGUCGGAUGCCUCCCAGCCACCAGUUGGACCAUACCCAACUGCUUAAAUACCUGAAGCACACACUGGACAAGUAUGUUGAGAGUGACUACUCAGUUGUGUACUUCCACUAUGGACUCAACAGUCAGAAUAAACCUUCGUUUGCUUGGUUACUGGAAGCCUACAAGGAAUUUGACAGAAAAUACAAGAAGAACAUCAAGGCUCUGUACAUUGUCCACCCGACCAGGUUCAUCAAAGCACUCUUGGUUGUCUUUAAACCAAUCAUCAGCAUGAAGUUUGGGCGGAAAAUCUUAUAUGUGAAUCAUUUGGGGGAACUCGAACAGUACCUAAAGUGCGAGCGAAUGGUGAUUCCACAGUGUGUGAAAAGAUUUGAUGAGCGUAUUCAGGCAGCACAGAGACUCAAGCCACAAGAACCUAAAAAGCAGUUACCUCAUCAACAGUUUGGAAUCCCUCUUCAAGAGCUCAGAGAGAAGGAACCUGAACACAAAGCCAUCCCGCUAGUAAUGGAGCAGACUUCCGCUUACAUUAGAAAGCAUGGUUUGAACAAGGAAGGGAUAUUCCGGAGGUCGGCUAACAUGUACCUGGUAAAGGAAGUACUGGAAAAGUACAAUAAUGGAGUUCUCGUGGAUUUUGAAACCUACAAUGAUGUUCAUCUGGCAGCAGUUAUGCUGAAGACUUUUCUUCGGGAAUUACCUGAGCCUCUGCUGACUUACAAUCUAUAUAACAAAGUGGUCUCAUUGGGAAAAGUACCACAAAAUAAACAGAUAGAAGCGAUUGUUGAGAUGAUUCACUUUCUCCCGGAGGAUAACUACACUGUGCUACAUUACUUGGUAGAGUUCCUGGGAGAGAUUGCUGACAACAGUGACCUGAAUAAAAUGACUGCAUCCAACUUGGCUCUGGUAUUUGGACCCGCUCUCUUAUGGGCAAAGGAUGCUGCAAUUUCACUCAAUGCCAUCAACCCCAUUAAUAACUUCACUCAAUUACUCUUCGAAAAUUAUACUGAGAUCUUUCCAGCCAAAUAAGAUAAAGCUUUACCACCUUAAACCACUGGAGUCAAACCAGAUUUCCCUUCACUUUCUAAAUGUUUGUGGCAGCACACAGAAGAAAAGCCAACAAAUUACUGGGUGCACCCUUUUAGUUGAGGGGAUGAUUAGCACCUCAUAACGCUGCUUGGUGGCUCUAUAUGGUUGUACAAGCGUCCAGGCUGGGGCUUUAAUCGUUUGAGUCUGGGGCUGGAAUCCGUGACUCUUUGAUAAUUAUUGUAAUGGGAAUGAUGUUGGAGAACUAUUUUGGUUUAAAUUCUGAACAUUUCCUGCUCUAUCCUUGUGCUUUUAGUGUGCUGAGAUCAAUCAUUCAUUCAAUUUAAACAUCUAAUUUUGGAAAAAAAAUGCAAGAUUUACAAAAAAGAAUUAUUGCUGGGAUAUUUCUAUGCUGGAUACACCUGAAACUGAAUAAUAUGAAUACAUUUUUGAUUCCAUUUUUAAACGAGGGAUUUUUUUUUUGCAAAGGUGUUCAGUUUCAUGGUGUUGUGUACAACUUUAUCAAAAUUAAAAUUUCUGUACCUUUUUGUACCUCCUGUGCCAGUGUAAGAGAGCUGAAGGUGGGAGAGCAGGGUAUAUAUUUUAUUUGUUUAACUUGUCAGAACAAGUUGGGAAUUCAUUCUGAUGAAACAGCAUGUCAAAAUGGUAUUUGUUUAAUCAGCUUUGAAAUUUUUAAUGUUUAAGAACAUGAUGUUGCAAUUUUUGUUUUAAUAAGAGUUGUUUGAAGAGAGAGUUAUCUGUUGAGUGUCAGUGACAGUAUCAUGGGAACUAACUUGAUCAGAGAAAUAGUUCCUGAGGCUAGAAGUAGAUGAGCUGAUAACAAUGCCAAUGCUGUCAUUAUCUUGAGGUUGUCAUUCUCUGUAAACUCAGCAAAUGUUUUGUCAGACCUGUGGGGAUUCUGUAUUGUCAAAGUCGUCUCAGGAAACAGUGUGCUCAACUGCCAUUCCAUUGUUAAUGCUUCUCCUGAAAUUCCACAAUCAAAUAUAGAGGCCUACAUAAUUCCUCUUGUUCAAAGGGAUGAAAUUGGGUUCUACUUUUAAAUGGAUUUGGUGAUAACUGAUUGGCAAUUUCACAUUGAUAGAGUCAAUCAUGAUUUGGAGAUGCCGGAGUUGGACUGGGGUGGACAAAGUUUAAAAAUCUCACACACCACGUUAUAGUGAGGAGCAGAGCUCUGAAAGCUAGUGCUUCCAAUUAAACCUGUUGGACUAUAACCUGGUGUUGUGCGAUUUUUAACUUCGAUAGAGAAUCAUUGUGAUUCUCUAUCAAUGUUCUCAUGAUAAUGUCAUCAGCAUUCAAUAUUUAAAACCAAAAAAGCCAACAAAUUAUUGUCAGUAAACUUGCAUCUUUACUUACUUUUCAUUUAGUGGAUAUUGAAGUGUAUGAUUUACUAAAGUACACACUCGUUUUCCAAGUUCAAAGUCUGUAAUCCAACAUUUGACCAGAAAGCCAGUCUUAAGUCUAUUCUGAUUUGGCUGCUAAUGAAACCACUUUUAGUUACAGCACUAACUUGAUAAAAAAAAAAGCAUGUGGUCAGAAUUUGGCAUCUUCCAUCUGCCAUAGAGCAACUUAAUAAUUUUGCCAGAAGCCAUGAAGACUGCAGUUUUUAAAAAUUAUUUUUAAAAUUUUUUUGGGAAGUGGGGCAUACUGUUUAUCACAACUUACAAUCUGAAGUUGAAAUUUUAGAAGCAUUUUAAUGGUGUUGCAUAAGGAAAGGAUUGAAAUAGGCAAGUUUUAAACUUCCCUGAAUAACUUUAUUCACUGUGUUACGAAAGGAAACCUGAACAUAACACUGGGGUGUUUGCAAUGGAUUAAUGCAAAAUGUUAGGUUUGUGUUGCUUAAUGAAUGCAAUCCUUCUGUCUGAGGUGGAGUUUGAUGGUGUUGCUAAAGUUUGGUUUUGUGUGUUUUGAUUAAUAAGUGCCAUAAACAAAGAACCCACUAAUGUCCCUUCAUUUGCUUUUCUGUCCUGGAGGUGUGAGUUCUUAGCCAAGGUACUGGAUCUCUGAAUUGAGUGGACAUUUCACCCUAGACAGUGAAUGAUGUUAGGUAUCACAGCUAAGAUUGCUCAAUCCUCACCAAUAGCAGUAAAGUUGGAUCGUGAUCAGAAGUAAGAAUCCUGUUUAUCCUUUCUCUUCAGUGUGCUGAAGCUAAAUAUUAUAUCCCAAUCUUAGAGUCAUACAACAUAGAAACAGUCUCUUUGUUGACCAACGAAACCAGUCCCACUGAUCCACAGCCUGCUGUGCCUGACCUUUCGAAACAUUCCUCCAGCAGAGCCUCGAAUGUUGCAAGUAUAAGCUCCAUCACCGUGUCUGGCAGCACAUUCCACAUUUCUACCACUCUCUAGUGACGAUUUUUUUGUUGUUUAGUCCAUUUUACCUUCCUCCAUGUGAGAUCAUCCAACAUUGCAUUGCUCAGAAAUUGAACAUGGGCUAUUUCCAACAACUGUUCCGGGAACUGCUUUUAUUUGAAGCAUGAUGCUGAAACCUGAACACGAUUCAUGUUUCUACCUGGCAAUUCCCUCAUUUUUAAAACUGGUAAUACAGAGUCAUUUUGGAAAUUGUCCAUAUUUUGCUGUGGACUUGACUGAUUGUUAUUCAAAGCAUUCCUGUACUAUUUAAUAUUAUUAUUAUCCUUCCUCCUCAGGGACGUAAUUGCAGUUGUGUUGGAGAGUAGAUAUUUCCACAUUAGGCAGUAAUGAUCACAUCUUCCCUGGCACGUUAGAGAAGUUUCUUUUUAACGAAUGCUGAACUCCGAGAGUUUAUUGUUAACCAUAGACAUCAGGAAUUAGGCAAAGAUGAGACUGAGAUAUAUCUGGUUUAAAACUCCGAGUUUAAAUCAUUGUAGCGUCUGUAGUGAUGUUAUUGGGAUUAAACUCCAACCAGUUUUAAUCUUUCAACACUUUAGAAUUGACAGGAGCUUUUAAUAAUUGGCCUUCCUUUUUACGUUGCUGGCAUCUUUCCAAGAAUUGAGAUUUUCCAGGGUCAAUGAAGUCUGUUUUUCACCUAAUGAAAAUAUACUGAUUCUGUUGAUUGCUAUUCCGUAGCAAAGUAAGAUGACUGUUAGUGUACGUAGCUCAGGUUUGUCUCAUUUGGUUGUCCUUGUAUUUCAAACAAACAAAUAAAUACAAAAGGGGCCAGACAUUCCUGUUGACAGUAAAGUGAACAGUUUCACAUUGUAAAUUUGAAGUGGAUCUGAAAGAGCAGUGGCAAUUAUGGAGGUGGCUGACUACAUUUGGCAAAUGAACUUUUCCCCUCUAUCCUGGGAGUGGAAUGAUCAGCAUCCUCCUGUGUUGAAGAAGUUUCAGGCCUGAUGAGACCGUAUGGAGCUCCACCACUCUGAAAUCCAGCCUUCAAAUCAAAACUUACAAGCAUCUGUAUAUCAAAACGAUUGCUAGCUGUGACUUUCUUGUUUAGCUGCAGAUAUUAUGAAAUCCACCACAAUAGUAAAGGAUCAACUGAGUGGGUCUAUGGGGUGGUGAGAGGAGACUGACUGAGGUGCCCUUUUAUACAGUGAACAUACCAAACUCUUACAUAAAGGGAUAAUCUAACAAGGAGGGAGCAAGUUAUGAAACAGUAACCUAAAUUUCACAUGAUGCACAAAACCCCCCAAUCAAAAUUCAUAAACAGUUGAUGAAUGAAGUCUGUACAUUACACACACAAAAGCAUAUAACUAGUUAUUUAAAAGUCUGUUGCUUAAUAGUCAGGGAGACCGGAACUGGAGACAGUACUCCAGAAGAGGCCUCACCAACAUCCUGCACAGCCUCAACUCCCCUACUCAUGAAGGUCUGAGCAAUGAAGGCAAUCAUGUUAAGCAUCAUCUUAACUGUGACACAAGUUUCAAAGAAUAAUGUAACAGAACCCCGGGUCUCUCUACAAUUUUGCUUUACUGCAAUUUGUUGGCCUCAUUUUCAGAUUUAUGUGAAAUGAGGAUUAAACAAAUUGUGCACAUCCUGUACAACUCCUUCUCUGAUCUUUGAGUCUUUAAAAAUCUAUUCCAUGUUUGAGGCAGGGAGCAACAAUCAAGCAUUAAAUACAAAUAAAUACUGAUUUUUAACUAUUUUAGGAUUUCUUUAAACAGCACCUGCUCAAACUUUGUUCUUUCAGCUAUUUAUAAAAUCCUGCUGUCUUCUCCCUUCAACAAGGUGAGAUUGCCUUAUUUUUCAACUUGGUUUCUGUUGUGUGGAAACAAAUUUUAGUAAUUGAAGCUUUUUAAAAAACUUGUGACACUCAACUAGGAUUUUAUUAUCUGAAUAUCUAAUUUUUAAUGUGCCAACUAUUCAUCCAUACUAUUUUUCUGUACUGUCGAAUGAGUUUUUUUCUACCUCACUGUUAUUCAUCAUUUAUUGGGCUGUUUUUUCUCUGCUCUAAGACUAAUGUUUUUCUUGUUGAGAUAAAGUUGUCUUACAGUAGGGUUCUACAAGUGCAAGCAUUUCCAACUUAAAACCAAGAAUAAAGUUGGAAAAUUUAAGGACUGUAACCUCAUCGUUAGGUUCAUCUUUUCACUUGUGAGCCCUAAGAUUUUAACACAUAGAUCAUUUGUAGGCAAUUGUAGACACAUUCCUAGUCAUUGUGGACACAUUCAUAGAAACAUCUAUUUUAAAAUUUCGAAGUGUGAGAUAUGCAAAGAAUCACAUACAUGAUAAUAUGUUUGACUGUAUCAAAAGUUUUUUGGGAAAAAGGGUGAUUCUAAAUUCUUUGUGGCUUCUUUCUUUCCGGGUAAAUCCCGGUCCACUCUGAAAAAAGUCUUUGUUCUAAAACCCAGAGUUGCUGAUCCACUCAUCCUUCUCCUUUACCCAUGCUGUGAUGUCUAGAAUUGGCUGGAUCCUAUUGUUCUAAAACUAUGUCUUUAAAAUGUAUGUGUCAGGAAAUCUAUGACUGCCUUCUAAUGUUGCUGAUCAACACUGUUUUCUCCAUGCUGCUUCCCCAGACAAUCAGUGUUAGAAUAUUUUUAGAAACCUGGCUGUUUUUCAUUCUAGUUUUGUGAUUUUAUAACUUAACUUCCAUCUCUCGUCUUUUUAUUACAACUGUGCUGUUUAUUGGGAUAAACAUGGCAGCAACGUAUUUUUAUAAAAAUGAGAAUUUCUAAGAGUGCGUCUUUUUAUGUUCAGGUUUAAUUUUCUGAUAAAGGCCUAUAGUAAUAAUGCGCUGGAAGGGAAAGGGUGUAGAGAAAACUUUCAAAGUGCUUUUCCAAACAGUACAUAUUCGUCACCAGACCUAUAGAUUGGUAACUGGGUGGAUUAAUUUUUGUUUUUGAUCAUUACAGAGUUAGCAAAUGAAUGGCUGAUUACACAAGUGGCUGCAAGUGGCCCCCUCACCUCACAUUCAAAACAGGCCCUUGACAGAGUACAUUUAGUCUUUAAUCAUGCUUUUAUAAUACCUGUCUGGAAAAUCAAAUUCAAAAUGAGGGUAUUGGACAGAGGUUUAGAAAGUAAACAAACUUACAGUCGUACAUGCCACAGAAUACAAUCAUCCUUGUUAUUUUAAAUUUACUAUGUUGUGCUACACUUUGUUCACCCACAUAAAGGGUUUAUUGUAUGUUUUCUUAAUAUUAAUGACAUUUAUUGCAAGUCACUUGUUCGUUACCUAAUGCUUUAAUAUGUGCGUUGGUCAGUGGGAGGUGACACUCCAUCUCAAUUUCAGGAGACCAGUCACAUGUGUUGUAAUUUGCUUCGUUUUAUAAUGUAAUGACGAUCAAAGUGACUUUAAAAUAAAAUACAUAUGAACUGUA